UUUAUACUUACUAUUAUUUAUAUCAUAUCUAGCUAAUAAAAGAGAAACUCCAUAAUAUUUUCAGCCGAUUUGUCUCUCGUUGGCCUCCUGAAACGGAAUUUUUUGCUGCUUUCACUCUGAGUUUACUGCAAUUCUGUCACGCGAUGCAUUAUAAAUGCCCCCUUGAAAUCAGGAUACUUGCUCAUCUCCCCCACCAUCAAAUUCUUUUUUUUGUAUUAUUAAUGUUUUUCUACAGUUGAUGAGCUUUAUUAUUCCUUCUUCCACCUUCUUUCUCUCUCUCUCUCUCUAUUCUUAUUGUCUUUUUUGUUCAUCCACUUACUUCAUAUUCUCCUGCACUGUAUCAUACUCCUAUCAUGAACACUCUUUUGACACACCCUGAACCUGCUCACUGUCCAGGCCCUGAAUCACAGACUGCUGGAAAAGACGAGUCCUGCAAUGGCUGUCCAAACCAAAGCAUCUGUGCUUCUCAGCUCAAUAAAGGUCCUGAUCCUGAUAUGGCCAUAGUGACCUCCAAAAUAGACGAGUAUAUCAAGCACAAAAUAUUGGUUUUGUCUGGUAAAGGUGGCGUUGGAAAAUCCACUUUCACUGCAAUGCUAUCCUUUGCUCUCGCUGCUGAUCAAUCCCUAGAAAUUGGCUCGUUGGAUUUGGAUAUUUGUGGGCCCUCUUUGCCCAAGAUUCUAGGCUGCAAUUUAAAUGAAACCAUUCAUUCUUCCAACUCAGGCUGGUCUCCCAUAUAUAUCGACGAUAAUUUGUCGACCAUGUCCAUAGCAUUUAUGUUGCCCAAUCCCGAUUCUGCUAUUAUUUGGAGAGGUGCAAAGAAAAAUGGCUUGAUCAAACAGUUUCUAAAAGAUGUCGAUUGGGGUUAUUUGGACUAUUUGAUCAUAGAUACUCCUCCUGGAACUUCGGAUGAACAUUUGUCAAUAACUUCAUAUCUAAAAGACUCCGGCAUCGAUGGUUGUUUGAUUAUAACAACGCCACAAGAAGUUUCCCUCCUAGAUGUUAGAAAAGAAAUAGAUUUUGUGAAAAAGGUCAAUAUUCCAAUUUUGGGUCUUGUUGAAAAUAUGAGUGGUUUUGUUUGCCCCAAUUGCAAAGGCGAGUCUCAAAUCUUCAAACCAACCACUGGUGGAGGUGAAAGCUUAGCAAAAGAAUUCAAUAUUCCAUUUUUAGGAGAGGUACCUUUGGAUCCAAGAAUAGCGAGGUGCUGUGAUAAUGGCGAAAACUUUUUGGAGUUAUACACUGAUAGCCCUGCAACAACUGCUAUAUUGGAUAUAGUUGAUAACUUACGAGACCAGAUUGAAGCAAAUGAUUGAUAUUAGCAUUGUUUGUUUAUAAUAUAAUAUUAUUCGUAUAAAAUUUUAAAG